CCUCCGCUUGCUCCAUUCCCUGUGCCCCAUCCUGCCCAUUCGCUGCACAGAGACCCCCAACGCCCCGAUGGCCUACGUCCCUGCACCUGGCUACCAGCCCAUCUACAACCCGCCUCUCCCUCAUGCUGUCCCCAUUGCCGGGGGGCUGCGGCCCGGGAUGUCCAUCUAUGUCCAGGGGAUGGUGCCCCAUCACACCAAGAGGUUCCGUGUGAAUUUCUCCUGUGGCCCAGAGAAGGGGGCCAACAUCGCCCUGCACUUCAACCCCCGUUUCGACAGCGGGGACAAGAUCGUCCUCAACAGCUUCCAGCGGGGCAACUGGGCCAAGGAGGAGCACAAGCACGACAUGCCCUUCCACAAGGGGCAGCACUUCGAGAUGGUCUUCAACAUCACCCCCGAGGGCUACCGGAUCACGGUGAACGGGGCCCCCUGCUACGAGUUCCGGCAUCGCAUCCCGCCCGAGCACGUGCAGGUCGUCGACGUGGACGGGGACCUCGAGCUGCAGUCGCUCAACGUCAUUGGAGGGGGCAUGAUGGGGGGCGGGGGGAUGUAUUACCCGCAGCCCGGGAUGCUUGGCAUGCAGCCGAAUAUGCCACCCACAAGCCUGCCGAUGAUGGCUGGCCCCGCUUCCUUUCACCCGGUAAGCGCAGCAGCCUUGGGGUUUGCUCUGCCCUUUCGCUCCCGCAAGGAAGCCACCGUACGCUUUCUCCCACAACUCUUUCCCCAGCCCCGGAGUGCAGCCACCUCUGGGGUGGAACGUGCCAGGUGGCCAAGAGCCACGCUGAACAAAGCUGGUAGCAGGAAGAAACCCGCC